ACAGAAGAUUAAAUUCCCAAAAAAAAUCUUACAUACAUAAAUGUUGCUGCUUUUUCGUAAGGGUUGCCAAAUCUUAAGUAGUUUUCUUUUGGUAAACAAAAUCUAAAGUUGUUGGGAAGCUCUAAAUGACUAAAUGUAAAACAAACGGUUUUCUUAAAUUAAUCACAUCCUAAUAGUUUCUUCGAACUUUUUUUUUGUAGGUUCUUAUCAUAGGAGAUAAGAAGAUCCAAAUCUUUAUCAAGAAGGUAAUGUAUCUCUAAGAGCCUUCCAAGGGGCCAAUAUGUUAUUGGAUAAACAAAAAAUAGUUAAAAAAGAGUUAUUUCUUUGAAACCUUUUUUUGUUUUGGCAUAGAAUCACUACCUUACGAAAAGUUAUUCGUUUGGGGUUUUAUUAUUUGAUUGUAAACAAUUUAUAAAUCAUAUAUUUGGUUGGUAGAUCCAAUUAGUCUGUCUACGCAAUCAAGAGGUAAGGUCAAUCACAUUUACAUAAAAUUACCCUUUUAAAAUAAUAUAUGAUGAAAUGGUACCGUCCAAAAAGUCGAAAUUUUACAAAUUCCACGAUAUAGAUAAAGAUGUUUAUUUUGGGCUGGCUAAGAUUAGGAUGGUACACAUUAACAAUAGUUGAUGUUUAUGAUGUAUCGCACUAUAGCUUUGGUGUAGUAUAUGCUCUCCAGGCUGUUUCGUUUCUCACAUUACCCACACUAAAUACUAACUCACCAACAAUAAACUUAAAGAAAAUUAAAGUAAACUUAAAGACUGAAAUUAACAAUAAUCAAUCAUUAAGGAAUCAAAACUCCAUUAUAUAUGCCUUAUAAAUACUCACCAACCAAUCGCCGUCUGAAUAUCUCAAACUCAAAUCAACCCCUUAAACCCACCUAAAACCUUCAAGUAGAGAUACUUCCCAAAAGUGACUUGAAAUGGUUUCUCAUACACUUUUGGUUAUGUCAAUAUCUCUCUUUCUUUGUUUAAACAUAUUGCUUGUUGUACACGCUAAAGAUUUAAACCAAGACAUUGACAUAACCUGGGGUGAUGGUAGAGGAAAUAUUUUGAGCAAUGGUACUCUUCUAAAUCUCGUUCUUGAUCAAUCUUCGGGAUCAGGGUUUCAAUCGAAAGCCGAGUAUUUGUACGGAAAAUUCGAUAUGCAGAUCAAACUUGUCCCGGGAAAUUCAGCCGGGACCGUGACCACCUUCUAUUUGAAGUCUCAAGGAUUAACAUGGGACGAGAUAGAUUUCGAGUUUUUGGGGAAUGUUAGUGGAGAUCCAUACAUUGUUCACACUAAUGUUUACACUCAAGGCAAAGGUGAUAGAGAGCAACAAUUCUACCUUUGGUUCGAUCCAACAGCUGAGUUCCACAACUACUCCAUUCUAUGGAAUCCGAGUCACAUAGUGUUCUAUAUUGAUGGGAAGCCAAUUAGAGAAUUCAAGAAUUUGGAAGCAUUGGGUGUGGCUUAUCCAAAAAACCAACCCAUGAGAAUGUAUGGUAGUCUAUGGAACGCAGACGAUUGGGCCACGAGGGGAGGGCUGGUUAAGACAAACUGGUCACAGGGACCAUUCGUAGCCUCUUUCAUGAACUACAACUCCGAGAAUGCUUGUGUUUGGUCCAUCGUUAAUGGAACCACAACUAUUUCUCCUUGUAGCCCCGGUGGCUCGUCUUCUUCUUCGAGCAGUAGUAGCGAGUGGUUUUCACAGAGAGGGAUGGAUUCUUCAAGUAAGAAAGUUCUUAGAUGGGUUCAGAAGAAGUUUAUGGUUUACAAUUAUUGUAAGGACAAGAAGCGAUUCUCUAAGGGUUUGCCUGUUGAAUGCACUGCUAAGAACAAGGACACAAACUCUUGAGUUUUUUCUUUUCUGAUUUUUUCUUAAGCAUGUAAUGAGUUUUAGGGUUUUGGUUUCUGUUAAGAUCAUUUGUUGUGAUUUGUUCAUUGUGUGGUUAUAUGUUUAAUGAGAAAAAAUUUGUGGCAAAAGAGGUGAAAAAUUUGUUGACAAACUUUCUUUCUACAAUCCAAAAAAUGAAGAAAUUUAUUUAUCGUAUACAACUUUUUUGUAAAGAAAACGUUCCCUAUAUUAAUGUCUACCAAUUUCCCCAACUUCCCUUUUACGUAACCGUCUAUGUCUGUGUGUAGCAAGCCGGUGAUACCUAAGGUUAAGAACCAUUUUUUUAACGUCAUCACUAUGCUUUUAUUGGAUCGUGACUAAUCAUCAAUCUCCCGAAAUCUUCAUGUGGACUUUUUUCGACUUGCCAUUCUCUCGCUUGUGGCAAGCUACUCCCAAGUUCUUGUCUCCGAUGUAUGGAUCUUCCGUCGAAUUACCGUAUUUAUUUUCUCUACCAUUCACUUGUUAGAAUGCUAGUUGCUAUCUUUGAUGUUCCCAACCAUGUGUUGGAUGUUUGUUUCAACCUUGUACUUGCUAUCAUCUAA